GCUAGGUACGGGACAACAGUCUUCUGAGCAGCAGUUUAGUUUUGUGGGCAGCGGGAACGGAGCUUCUCGUGCUCUUGCUAACAACCGCUACAGCUGCUAAAGGACACCUCUGACCAUGAUGGACAAAGUGGCUCCGUUUUCCAUUCAAUGUGUUUAUAGUCCUGGUUGUAGAUCAAAACACGUGUUUAAAGGUAAAGUAUGGGGUCUGUUUAUCUAGUAAGUUUAGUCAAAGGAGUAAAUAACAUUAAUAUUACAAUAAGACGGUCUUUAAUUUGAUGUUUGUAGAGGUGUAGGAACCCUGGAUGUGAUGUGAAUCCUGGCUGCCAAGAGACCUCCAGUCAACAGUCUGAACCACUUCAUCACACUGCAGCUCAUGAAUGUUCUGUUUCUACAGACUGACUGACAUGAAGCUCAGACAUGAGGGCUGUGUAUCGCUGGUCUCCUCCCUCCAGUCACCAGGCUGUCCUCUGAGAGAGCUGCACCUGGACGGGAUAGAUGAGGGUGACCUGAGUGUUGUCUAUGCUGCCCUGAGAGGUCCACACUCUAAACUGGAGACACUGAGACUGACUGACAUCAUACUCAGACAUGAGGAAUGUGCAUCACUGGCCUCCUCCCUCCAGUCACCAGACUGUCCUCUGAGAGAGCUGCACCUGGAGGAUACUCAUGUGUUAUCUGUUGUUGAUGAUGACAUGGGGGUUAUCUAUGCUGCCCUGAGAGGUCCACACUCUAAACUGGAGACACUGAGACUGACUGACAUCAUACUCAGACAUGAGGAAUGUGCAUCACUGGCCUCCUCCCUCCAGUCACCAGACUGUCCUCUGAGAGAGCUGCACCUUGGGGGGAUUAAGGAUGAUGACCUGAGUGUUGUCUUUGAUGCCCUGAGAGGUCCACACUCUAAACUGGAGACACUGAGGUCAAACAGGUGUUACCUAACGGAGGACAGUUGUAGAAAGUUAUCUUCAGCUCUCAGCUCAAACUGUCACCUGAGAGAGUUGGACCUGAGUCACAAUGACCUGCAGGAUUCAGGAGUGAAGCUGCUUUCUGAUGGACUGAAGAGUCCACACCAUAGACUGGAGAUCCUGAGGCUGUCGUUCUGUGGAGUCACAGAGGAAGGCUGUGCUUCUCUGGCUUCAGCUCUCAGCUCAAACUGCCCCCUGAGAGAGUUGGACCUGAGCUUCAAUCACCCAGGAGACACGGUUCUCUCUGGUCCACUCUGUAGACUGGAGAAACUCAAUCUGGACCACAAUGAAGAGAUCUGGGUGAAACCACAGCUGCUUAAGAAGUAUGCCUGUGAUCCAACACUGGACCCAAACAUAGCUCACAGAGUACUCUCUCUGUCUGAGGAGAACAGGAGGGUGAAGGAGGACCAGCUGUAUCCUGAUCACCCAGAGAGGUUUGAUGAAGUGCAGCAGGUGCUGUGUAGAGAGGGUCUGACUGGACGCCAUUACUGGGAGGUGGAGGGGUGCACGAGGGUUAAGGUAGGAGUGACGUAUAGAAGCAUCAUUAGGAGAGGGAGCAGUGCUUCCUGUUCACUUGGAGACAACGACAGAUCCUGGUGUCUGCGCUGGUCUGGUUCUAGACUCUCUGUUCAUCACAAUCAUGAAACCACUUUAAUACCUGUCAUGUUCUCUAACCCCAGCAGAGUAGGAGUUUACCUGGACUGGCCAGCUGGCGUUCUGUCCUUCUACAUUAUCUCCUCUGACACAAUGACCCACCUGUACACAUUCAUCACCACCUUCUCUGAGCCCCUCUACACAGGGUUUAGGUUUAAUACGAUCUAGUGGUGGGCCGUUAUCGGCGUUAACCCGCUGCGUUAACGUGAGACUCUUAUCGGGCGAUAAUUUCUUUUCCGCCGUUAAUCUAUUCUCAAAGUUGGGUUGGGAGCUGGGUCUAUACUACGCAAGCUAUGAUGACUUUCACCUUGAUAUUUUAGCGCGAAUGUAUACCUAGCCGAAUUGCACUGUAGAGGGCGAGAACGGAGUCUUCGAACCUGUGUGUAUGCCUUGUGUAUGAAAUUAUCACAUCAAACGUGACGUGCUAACAUGGAUGCAGCUAUGAAGCCGCCUGGUUUGCUUCAGGGAAAAUGUAUUUUUAUGAAGCUUCCCAAUGGAAACCUCGACAAGACUAAGGUUGUUUGCACCUUGUGCUAUGCGGAAUUAGUUUACUGUAGGAGUUCUUCCAGUCUCAAAUACCACCUAAACGCAAAGCAUCCCUUAGCUAAUGCGGAAGAUGCCGGGCCAAGCACUGAUGUAGCGCAGGGGAAGAGUCGUCGUCAAACUACGAUGUUCGAGUGCAACCGAGGCAAGCCCAUCAGCAAAGCUCUAACAGCUUUCUCAAGCAGUUUGUGAUGCAUUUUGGAAACAGGAGAUGAGCUCCUGGUCUAAUGCGCCACCUGGCUUGAGAAACCCGUUCUCAAAGACUUACUUUUAGUCAUUAUUUGGGUAGCACACAUAUUCUGAAUGCCUUCGGCGGAAUUCAAAUGAGCCAUUUUAAUCUAGAUUAAUCUAGAUUAACGCCAAGAUUACAGUGAGAUUAAUCUAGAUUAAAAAAAUGUAUCUAUGCCCACCACUAAUACGAUCUCAUCCUCAUCCUCACCCUUCUCAGGGACACAACAUGAGUCUCCAUGGAAACAUCCCAGCUCCUAGUGCACACACACACACAUCAGAACAUCACACACUCAUUCACACACACUCACAAACAUCACACACACAUACCAGAAUGUAUUGCCUAAUUACACUAUGACAUCGUUUUAUAUAGGUAUUCAUUAACUAUAUACACAGUGGUGCAUGCUAUCAGCAUUUUGAUAGUAAUAUAUUCAUACAGACAUUAUUCUGGGUUCUAUUCCAAACAGGGUCAGUGGCUUCACCUAUUUUGAUGCAUCAAUGUACAUUCUAUUGUGUUACCUGUGUUUUCAUUAUACUUAUUACUUAUUCUGUAACUGUACAUUGUGAGUUACCUGGGCACUAAUAAAGUGAAUGAAAGUGAACACACAAUCUAAAUGUGUUGGUA